CUCGCAGUUCGCUUGGAGACCCGGAGGCGAGAGGCUGGACGUGAGGCGCUGGUCCUGCUCGCGCUGCUCUUGCACCAGGAUGGCGCGGGGCGCCCCAUACAAUCUGCUGCAAUCCUCCCGCUCCACCCGUUGGAUGACGACCCUGUUGAAAAAAACAAAGACCUGAAGAAAAUUUGACCAAAACAAUGGACAAGUUAGCUGUUGAUGAUGCUGUAGGAAAGGCCCUUUUAAAGCAGCUCAAGAAGUUGAAGGUCACUCAAGUGUAUGGUCGCACAGUGUCUAAAAGGAGGACUAAAUUUUCACUGUCCUAUGACAUUCCACCUCCCAACUACCUUUCUGGAAGCAAGGGAACAGCAGCUCAGAGGGAGCACUUUGCAGCUACCCUGAAUCAAGUAACCUUCAAAACUAUGGGUAUGAAUUUCAGGGUGAAAUGUAUUCGUCAGUUAACAACAUUCCGUAAAGAUGAAAACACGAAUAAGUGUGUAAAAGCCAUAUUUUAUCUUGUGAUCAUCACAAAUGUUUGAUUACUGCUCUUAAGUUAACUUUUAAUUUGCUUGAGGUGAUACAGCAUUAAUUUUUAAUUAAUAUUUGUUAAAGAUGCAGAGCAGAAUAAAAAUGAACUUAUUACCAGCUUCUUAA